AUGCGGGUUUCUGCUCUCUUUCUGGCCAUUGGCCUUGCUAAUGCGUUGGAAAAUGGACUUGCACGAACUCCACAGCUAGGAUGGAAUACCUGGAACUCAUUCGCCUGUGACAUGAAUGCGACCGUCAUCAUCCAGGCUGCAGAGAAGAUUGUUUCCUUGGGCUUCAAAGAUCUCGGAUAUGAGUAUGUUGUUAUGGAUGACUGCUGGUCUGCAGGCCGCAAUUCGUCUGGAUACCUCAUUCCUGACCCGGAUAAAUUCCCCGAUGGAGUUGCAGCUGUGGCUGAUCAGAUCCAUGCUCUGGGAUUGAAGCUUGGUAUCUACUCCAGCGCAGGCACAUUGACCUGCGCCCGGUAUGCAGGUUCGCUGGGAUACGAAGAGAAGGAUGCUUCUCUAUGGGCUAGCUGGGGAAUCGACUACCUCAAGUACGAUAACUGCUACAAUCAAGGAGAAGAGGGAACUCCUAAGCUUUCCUAUGAUCGCUACAACGCCAUGGGGAAAGCCCUCAACGCAACCGGCCGACCUAUUCUGUACUCCCUUUGCAACUGGGGUGUAGAUGGUCCAUGGAACUUUGCUCCCACGAUUGCAAACUCAUGGCGAAUGAGUGGAGAUCUUUUCAAUGUCUGGGAUCGAGAGAAUUCGAACUGCCCUUGCUCUGAACUUCUGGGUUUGGACUGCAAAACUCCCGGAUAUGAAUGCUCAGUCAUGAACGUUCUCAGCAAAGUUGUGUACUACCCAUCCAAGGCUUAUGCUGGUGCCUGGAAUGAUCUCGAUAUGCUCGAGGUCGGCAAUGGAGGUUUAACAGAUACCGAAGCUGUCUCCCAUUUCAGUUUAUGGGCAGCUCUCAAGUCGCCACUUCUCAUGACAAAUGUGAUGACUAGUGUCGAUGCACAGACACUUUCUAUCUUGCAGAACACCGCUGUUCUUGCCGUCUCUCAAGAUCCCGAAACAUCAUCUGCUGCGCGCGUCUGGCGCUACUAUGUUGAGGGCGGCCAGAUCCAGCUGUUCAGUGGAUCUUUGAGUGGAGGAGACCAGCUUGUCCUGUUCUUGAAUGGUGGAUCAACGGCGAGAGAUAUGAACGCUACUCUGACUGAUAUCUUCUGGAAUGAUGGGCCUGGUGGUACUGCAUCGGAGAUUCAAGGUACCUGGGAUGUAUAUGAUCUCUGGGCGAACAGAAUGAGUAACGCGACAGCGGAUGCGAUUAUUGAUGGGUCGGGAAAUGCGACUAGGCCGAUAAAUAUGACUGCACUUGGUGGGUCUGAGAACGUCUACUCUCAGGUGCCUUUGCCGGCUACUAAGGCCCUCAUGGGAUCUAAAGUCGGAACCGUCAAGCCUAAUGGCAAGGUGACUGCUAAGGUGCAAGCCCAUGGUGUUGCUAUGCUGCGCCUAAGAGAGGUCAAGACAAAUGAUGAGCUGUGA